GUAUUGUUGCUAGCAGUUUAAUUAUGAAAGCAGCAAACAAACAAACAGAAGAAAAUUGACAUCUUUUGACAGUUCUGAAAGGUUUUAGAAAUAAGGUGGAUCAAGAAUUCUAAAAAUUGUUUUGAUCUUAAUUUAUAUAUUAAAUGACUUCUGGAAAAGACACAAUGGGUGAACAACCUAUUUUCACUUGUAAAGCUCACGUUUUUCACAUAGAUCCAAAAACAAAAAGAUCUUGGAUGCCAGCUUCUAGUUCUGCUGUCAGCGUUUCAUUUUUUUAUGAUUCUUCUAGAAGCUUAUACAGAAUUAUUAGUGUCGAAGGUCAGAAAGCUGUUAUAAACAGUACUGUUACUCAUAAUAUGACUUUCACUAAAACUUCUCAGAAGUUUGGACAAUGGUCUGAUGUAAGAGCUAAUACAGUUUAUGGCUUAGGAUUUUCCUCAGAAGCUGAACUUCAAAAGUUUAUCGACAAAUUCAAUGAAGUGAAAGAAGCAACAAGAACAGCAAUAAGUAAAGCUACUUCCAAUGGAGGAUCUGUUGUUACUCCAGUAACUAGUGCAAAUGCUAGUCCAAUCAGUGCUAGAGCUGCAACAGCUGCUCCAGAUUCAUCAACAGAUAAUUUGUUGGAGCCACCAGGCAAUUCAUUGAUAUCUACUGCCAACACAAAAAUUGAGGAAGACAUUCCUCAUCCUCGUAGUCAUUCAAUUUCUGGUAUUCAAAGUAAUGAAAGUCCUAGUCACCAAGUAAAGAUGGAUAAAGGAACAUAUAAUACAAGUCCUAUUGACACACAAUUAAAAUAUGAAAAUGAUAGGUUGAAGUUGGCACUGGCACAAAGUUCUGCCAACGCAAGAAAAUGGGAAAUAGAACUAGCGACCCUGAAAAGUAAUAACGCCAGGUUAACUAGUGCACUUCAAGAAAGUACGGCUAAUGUAGACGAAUGGAAAAGGCAAUUGGCGAGUCUUAAAGAAGAAAAUAUGAGAAUGAAAGCUAAAUAUCAGACUGAUUUGGAGAAUAGUAAAGGUGGUGGAGAUUUAGCAGAUGAGCUUAGAAAAGAAAUACAAAAUUUAAGGAUUCGAGUAGAACAAUUAGAAUCAGAAUUGGAAAGUAAAAAUAAUGAAAUCAAAAUGAUUUCCACUUCAAAUACAUCGACUGAACUCCAACUAUUACAAAAGGAAAAUCAAGAACUUCAGAGCACAAUCAAUUUGACACAAUCAGAAUUACAAAUCGCCCAAAGCACAUACGAAUCCCAAAAGCACAUUCUUUUGACACUGAAUCAACAACUUGCUUCAAGAAUUCACGAAUUGGCAACCAUUCACGACGAAAUGACAACGGCAUUACAGACAUGAGAGAGAUAACAAUGUAUUAAAGACCGCGUUUAUAUAGCGUACGUAUAAAAUCUGACGAUUUCUUUUAUUUCCAAGGGGUAUACCUGCAUCUAACGGUAGUCACAAUAUUUGAGAAUCUUUCACAUACCAUCAAGAAAUAACGUUGUAAAUAAAAAAAAUAUUAGAAUCAAUAAGAUAUGAAUGUGAAAUAUAUAUGAUCGUUGCACAUGACAAAAUAAGAAAAUGUAGUGCCGAUAUAUUUUGGAUUUAGCGAUUGUGGUUGUACGAUUUGCUAAGACAAAUUCGAGGAAAAAAGCAAACGGCAUUUGAAUUGAUGCGGAAUCAAAUAAUUGUUCCAAAAAAUCCGGUUUAUUAACAAUUUCAACUACCCUGAAACCAUUGAAGCUUAUAUGCAGCAACUACAAUUGCAGAAUAUCCACACAGAGUUCUUCAAUCAGUGAAAUUAUCUUAUUUUCAGAUGCAACUUCUUUAUAUGUUUCUUUUGUACAAAAAGGUAUACAAUAAUACAUCGACAAAGCAAUACAUUUAGUAAAAUAAUUUUAUUGUAUUUAUUGAAUUCAUUUAAAAAAUCACAUUUUAUACUAAUAAGGUAUGUGUAAGAUUUAUUUACUUCCGGAGAGAGCAAGGUAUGCUUCCAUUUUUGUUGGUUAAAUAACUGUGUAUAAUGGGAAAUAUUAUUAUGGCAUGCUUAAAUAUAUUUAUUCUAUCUUCAGUUAUUGUUAUGAACAACGGUUUCAUCGAUAAGUAUUAAUUAUAUCUGAUUUUUGUUCCAUUUCUCCAAUCUAUUACAAUUGGUUAACAUAUAAUUUUAUUUAUUUAUAAUAAACUAUUUUUGUAACAAUAAAAACCAUGAUUGUAUCACUACAUAUUUUCUUAUCGAGUAUUCCAUAUACGAAAAAGAUACACGUUAAAUACAUUUUACUAUUUUUAAUUAAUAUAAACUAAACAGGAAACAUGUACAUUUUUGGAGUAUGUGUUUAUGCGUCCCAUGAGACUUCAAUAAAAAAUAUUAGUAUAAAUUCACCACAAUUGAAUUAAUUAGAUAGAAAUAAUUUGCUUUCUUGAAUAGAUAAUCUUUAUUUUAGGUCUAUUUUAAUUAACAAUGUAUUUUUAUUUUAGAGGCGUUAAUUCGGUCCUCAUAAAAAUGUGGCAUGAUAUUGAAAAUUCUGGUAUAUGACUUAAUAAAUCACCUAAAAACUAAAUAUCAAAAUAUUGUUUUUAAUCUGUUCCUAUCCUUAUUUGUUCAAAUUCAAAUUUUUAUACAUGAAAAGAAGCAAUCAGUAAUUUCAAUGAUUUAUAUUUAGAUAGAAAUAUUUUUCUGAAAUUGCUAAAUUCUUUUUAUGUAAUUAAUUUAUAAUUUCUUACUUUUGUGGAUUAUGUCUAAAAAUUACCUUUUUUACUUGAAUUUUUAUAAUAUUUUUAAGCAUAUCACAAUUAUUAUACAUUAUUACUUCUAUUUUAUAGUCUAUUGUAUUUCACGCUUCCAAAUAUUUCAAUAACACUAGGCAACAAAAAAAUUAUUAAUUUAUAUUUUAAAAUUUCUUAUUUCUUAGACUAUUUGAUAUAUUAAUGCAUCUAAAUGUUCUUUAUUUUAGGUAUUUUCUGUUUUAAAAUUAUUUUUUUUUUUGGUAAUUUUUAAAAGAACGAUAAAUUUUGACGUUUCGACUUUUCUUUAAGUCUUUAUGAAAAUAUUAAAAAUAUUAUAUUGACAGUUUGCUUAUUUAUACUGAUCUAUAGAUCACUUUCAUCAAUUAAUUAAUUGAUGACUGCUAUAUAUUUGAAAUGUAGGGACCAAGGAAAAAUUAAUUUUUCUU